GAACUUAGAAGCAGGCCAGGCAGCUGCUGAAAUCAAGAAAACGAAACUGACAUUGGCAGACUCCUCCCUGUAUUGCUCUUAGUGCGGGUGUAACACUGACUGCAAGGUAAAGUGAAACUAGAUAUCGAAAAGCAGAUAUUCAGUUUAUAUCCUGCUCAGCCUCACACUCCAAAGGCCAUUUCACACUCAGAAGAACACAUCAUUUCUGAUACUCACCCACACUGUGUGCGGGUCCCACCUAUAAGGAUGGCUGGGGACAGCACAUACCAGUUCCCUAUUAUUGUGACUUCGGACUUGGAGGCUGAAAGCCUGUUUAAACUGAAGAACAAGCUGAUUGUUUACUUCCAGAGCAAAAAGUCUGGUGGAGGAGAAUGUGAACUCAGGAGCACGGACUGCAGCCAGGGCUACAUCAUCAUAGACUUCAAACAUGCUUCAGUGCGGGACCAAGUUCUGAAAAAACAAACACACGAGCUUCAGUUACCACGUGGACAGAAAUUAACACUGGAUGUUAGGAUGCCUGAAAGUGAAGGUCUUAAAGACAAAAACGCCUCGCAAGAGACAACAGCUGCUAGUUCUGAAAUAAAGCACGGUCUGCAAGAUAAAGAUCCUGCCAUGAAGGACAAACCAUCAAAAAGAACAAAAGUUGUUGAUGAAGAUCCCACCACUUUACAAGUUUUAAUUGAAAACAUUAGUGAAAAAUGUACACUUGAGAUGCUAAAUCUGCUGUUGGAGAAUGCCACUAAUUUAUAUCAGAAUCAAGAUUUUUAUGUGGAGAUGAUCCCGGAGAUCAGUUCUGCUGUGGCCACUUUCACGUGCCGUGUUGAUAUCGUGUCUGUCAUUAAAAUGUUUUCCGGCAAUUCCAGGGUUAAGAAUCUCAAUCUCAUAGCAAAGCCUUUAGAGCAGACAAAAAGCAUCAGGGUUGAGAAUUUGCCCCCCAACACAUCAGAAGAUCAUCUGUUUAUCAACUUUGAGAGCACAAACUAUGAAGUGCAGGAGGUUAAGCUGGUACUGGAAGAGGAUGCAGCUAUUGUUACUUUUUGUGAUGGAGAAGUUUUAAAGAUUUUGCCGGAGAAGCAGUAUUUGUCUGGAAAUCCUAUAUCUGUGUAUCCGUUCUAUCCAUCACUGGGCGUGGCACUGUAUGGGAAGAAUAUACCAUGUGUUGAAAUGCCCCAGCCUCUUGAAUUCCCAAUGAGUCCAUACAUAUUGGAGUUUAUAGAGAAAUAUGCAGAUCUGAAAAAGAGCAUAAACGAAAAGAUGGCUGGUCAACACUGUGACAUCAAAUGGCCUUUGGUCGUCAGCCAGAACACAGUGAUUACGCUUUCCUUUUCUAGUGGUGGAACUACACAUCAUAGGACAAAGGCAAAGAUUGUCAAAACAUGGAGUGAUCAAGUGUCCACAGAGUUCUCUUUAAUUAUCUCCAAAUUCAAAGCCUGUGAAUUCAAUGUCAAUACAUCAGUUUGGGAAGCAAUUAAAGACAGUAUGCACAACUCCAUGUAUGAAUCUGUUUUGGUCAAACCUUACAUUAAUAAAGAAAAGGUUUUCCUAGCAGGUUUUUCAAAAGAUGUUAAUAAGGUAGAGCCCAUAUUCAAGAAACUAUUAGAUGAUAUAACUAGUCAGAUUGAAAGGAAACAUAAAAGCAUAAAAAUAACUGUGCCUCUGGCUCCAGCAUUAUAUGAAAUGAUGCACAGGAAUGAAUUGGAGAGUGACAUUUUGAUGGCAUGUCCAGAUUUACAGAUUAACUAUGAAGUAUCAGCAAAGAGAGUAGAACUCUAUGGUCUAAAAGAGGAAGUGCUAUCUGCAAAAUGUGACAUUCUAAACAAAAAGCAAGAACUAAAAUUCAAAAGCAUUCACUUAGAUCCUCAAAUAAGACAUUUUCUGGAAUUUGCUGAUAAUGAUGAAAUGUCUUGUCUACUUCUCCUUCGUCAUAAUAUAAAUGCAAUAUUUCAGAUUGACGGUGAUGCUGUUAAACUUACUGGUCUCACUUCUAAGGAUCUGUCACAAGCAGAAGCGAAAAUGUGUAAGGCAAUAAUUUGCAAAUAUGUUUCUGUUGAAGACAAGCAGGUAACCCAAAGUGCAGAAUGGAAAAGCCUUACAACUCAUAUAAAUGAAAAAUUUAAUUCUGAGAAGUGUACUGCUCUGAUUGUGGAGGCUGAAAAUCAAGUGGUUAUAGCAGGUCUUACUUCCACAGUAGAAGAAGCCUACCAGCUACUGUAUGAUUUUAUGGAGAAAAACACUCCAGUACAAAAGGAAAUCUCAACGAAAUCUACAGCUAUAAUGCAGUUUUGUAAGGAAGAAAAUAAAGCAGUCUUGCAGGAAAUACAAAAAAACAUCACAUUUUUAACAAAGAAGAGAUCUUUCGAACUUAGUGGCCCAAAGCAGUAUGUACGUGAAGCAGCUGCCCAGAUAGAAAAAGUUUUGUCCUUGAUACAUUUCAAUGUUCUUCACAUUAAGAAACCUGGUGCUAAAAAGUUCUUUGUGCAAAAUGAAGACAUGUAUGUUACCACAGCUAAGAACAAAUUUAAUUGUUUGAUACAUUUGUUAAAGGAUGGAGAAGAUGAUUUUAUUGAUGAUGAAAUAAAUCUUGCUGAACCUGUCUUCCAGGUAACACUGCCUGAAGUUGUGAUUGCAGUUUAUAAAGGUGAUCUGACCCGUCACUGUGUUGAUGUUUUGAUAAAUGCUGCAAAUGAAGAUCUGGAGCACAUUGGAGGACUGGCAUUGUCUCUGUUGAAUGCUGCAGGUCCCAAAUUACAAACAGAUUGUGAUAAAAUUAUAAAAAAAAUGGGAAAAAUAAAAGUUGGGGAUUCAGUAAUAACUGAUGCUGGCAAUCUACCAUGCAAGCAGGUUAUACAUACAGUUGGACCUAGAUGGAACGCUAACUCACAGCCAAAAUGUCAGCGUCUACUAAGGAAUGCUAUACAGUCAAGCUUAGCACUUGCUGCAGAGAAUGGCCACAGCUCCAUUGGAAUUCCAGCUGUCAGUUCAGGAAUCUUUGGCUUCCCUGAGGACUUAUGUGUGCAUACAAUUGUGGAAUCUGUCCAGCAGUUUGUGGAUCGUCAAGAAAAAAACAGCAUUAAAAGGAUUCAUUUUGUGGAUACUAGGGAUACGAUAAUUCAAUGUUUCAUUAAUGUUUUGAAAGAUAAGUUUGGAGAUCCAAUUGUCAAAGUCUCUGAGAAACAUAGCAUUAAAAGAAGGGAUGAAAAACAAAGGCCAUCGCUAGGCUUGGGAAAAAGUAAAGCGAAUUGCCAGAUGGUCACAACCAAAGAGGGAGUUAUCAUAAAAAUAACAGAAGGAAACAUUCAAGAUUCAAAUACUGAUGUCAUUGUAAACAGUGUUGGAAAGGAUCUUGAUCUGGACAGUGGAGCAGCUUCAAAAGCUCUUUAUCAGAAAGCUGGUCAAAAACUACAACAACUCCUAAAUGAAGCAAGCAAAGGUUCUCAAGUGGAUGAAGGCAGUGUGUAUGUAACUGGGGGAUGUGCCCUGUCCUGCAAUAUGGUUAUUCAUGUUGUAACUCCACACUGGGAUAAUGGAAAAGGUGCUUCUGAGAAGAUGUUAAGGCAGGUAAUAUAUCAAUGUCUGAAAAUAACUGCAAACAAAAAUAUGAAAUCUGUAAGUUUUCCGGCAAUUGGAACAGGAGCUCUUGGUUUCUCCAAAAGACUGAUCGCUAGUUUAAUGUUUGAUGAGAUUCUCAACUUUAGCAGUAAGAAUAAGUUCCAGCUUCUCCAAGAAGUCAACCUCAUACUCCAUCCAAGUGACAAGGAUUCCCUAAAGGAUUUUUCAGAUGAGCUUAAGAAUCGAACUAAAGCAAACGCAACUGAGCCCAGUAAACAAACCAACUCAAGUUCUGAAAAAGGUUCAGCUUUCUUUGGAAAUGUCACAUCACCUGCUUUGGGAGUUCAUGAAAUGAAGAUUGGAUCGAUUAUUUACCAAGUCCAGACUGGUGAUAUAACAAAGGAAAACACAGACAUCAUUGUAAAUUCAUCAAAUGGCAAUUUUACACUCAAAACAGGAGUCUCAAGGGCAAUUCUGGAGGCUGCUGGGCAGGGAGUGGAAUAUGAAAGUGCUCAACUUGGUUCCCUGCCUCACAAUGGCUAUAUUGUCACAAAAAGUGGAAAUCUACUCUGUAAACAUAUCCUUCAUGUUUGUGGGAGGAAUUCACCAGGUGACAUAAAAACUUGUGUCACAGAAUCUUUGCAAGAAUGUGAGAAGCUUCAGGCUACAUCUGUUGCAUUUCCAGCCUUUGGAACAGGUGCAGGUGGUGUGCCCUCUGCUGCUGUUGCUGAUGCUAUGUUAGAUGGCGUUGUGGAUUACGCCAAUUCCAAAUCUACCCCUAUAGUGAAGACGGUAAAAGUUGUUAUUUUCCAACAGCAAAUGUUAAAUGACUUCUUUACCAGUAUGCAAAAGAAGGAGGGAACAAACCUGCCCAAACAAACUUCAUUGUUUAGCAGAGUCACGGCCUCAUUAAUGAAUAUUUUCAAAACAACCCCUAAAGAAGAAGAAGAGCUCAAAGUAUUUGAAUUGAAUGAAAACAUUGAACCAGCUAUUUUCCACAUCUGUGGUAGAAACAAAGAUAAUGUGAAGAAUGCUUCCUCUUGGCUCAGGGAUCUUAUAUUAAAAGAACAGCACGAGAAUAAAAUCACAGAUGAAUGGAUCAGGGAGUUUGAAGAGCAGGACCAUCGGAAAUUAUCAGAUCUUCAGAAGCGAUUUCAAGUCUCAAUCUCUUUUGAUUCUCAUAGUUGUACUAUCACAGUUUCUGGUCUUACCAGAGAUGUUUUGGAAAUAUCAAAUCAAAUUCAAAAAAUAAUAAAGGCAAUAAGAAAUAAGAAAACUAGAGAGCGAGAAGAAGAUCUCUAUAGUAACUUGGUGGAAUGGCGAUAUCAUGAUGGCUCAAAAUUUGUGCCCUUUCAUAAAUCAGCGAACUGGGAAUUGGAAAAAGCCAUGAAGGAGAAACGUCUAAGUGUUAAUAUUGACAUUUCAGGUGUAAAAUACACUGUUAAUGUGGAACGAAAAACUGCCUCUGAUCCAUUGGGUAAAACAAUGGGGAUUGAACGAAUCGCUAAAAAUGAGCUCUCCUUCGAGUUACCUUCAAAUUGGGAUCAGAUGACUAAUGAAGAACUGAAAUUGGUGCAGCUGAAUUCUGGAACACAAGAAUACACAGAUGUCCAAAACAAGUUUACACAGACUUGCAGAAUGAGGAUCCUUAAGAUCGAGAGAAUACAAAACCAACCACUCUGGUUGAACUACCAGAUUAAGAAGAAGAGCUUUGAUACCAAGAAUGGAAACACAAACAAUGAGCAGCAGCUUUUCCAUGGGACGGCUCCUGAUACAGUAAAAAAUGUCAACCGCAACGGAUUCAAUCGCAGUUAUGCGGGGUUGAAUGCUGCAGCUAUUGGAAAUGGAACAUAUUUUGCAGUAAAUGCAAGUUAUUCUGCACAUGACACUUACUCCAGGCCUGAUCAAAAAGGACAGAAAUACAUGUAUCUUGCCCGGGUACUCACAGGGGUAACGACUCAAGGGCGAAGCGGAAUGGUCGCACCUCCAGCCAAGAAUCCAAAUGAUCCUACAGACCUGUAUGACAGUGUAACAGAUAAUACUGCCCAGUCAUCAAUGUUUGUGAUAUUCAAUGACAUCCAGGCUUACCCCGAGUAUCUAAUCACCUUCUCAAAAUAAAUACACUUUUUAUCUAAACACAAGGUUUUGUCAUUAAAAUGUUAUAAAUAGUAUGUUAUAAAAUUAUUAAUAAUCAGAAUGCUGAUAUAAUGUUGGUUAUGUCAGUGCAAUGUCUUAUUAUUACGGGUAAUUUAAUGUGCUUCUGGUAUAAGGAUAUUUUCUGUAUAACACAAGAGGAACAACCCCUUAUUCCAGAUGCAUACUGUAGAGGGCAGCAGUCACCACCAUAAGUGAACACUUCAGGUUACAGCAGCACACUUCUAAGAACAUUAAUUGCCCAAAUCAUUGUUAGAAGACCCAGUAAAAUUAAUUUAGCUCCCUUUUAUAUAAGGGUAUUUUCAAACUGUUGUUAUAAAAACUAUCUACACUAUUCUUAAAUUAUAUCCUUAUCUUCUAAAUUAUUUUUUUCUGAUAUCAUAAUAUAGCUCUCCAAAUGUGUUGCUUUAAAUGGUCCUAUGUUCCUACUUGCUGGCAUUACUGUGUCUGUGUAACUAUUUUCAGGCCAUUACUGCCUAUGAUCCUUUUAGCCAUUACUGCUUGAGCUCUGGCUGGCAAUUUCUGUCCUGGUUUCUGCUUGCAGUGCCUUACUGCCUAUGAUCAUGCUGGCAAUUAGACUCUGUGUUUCUGCUGACCUUCCUAUUUGCUGGCCAUUAGUGCCUGGGCUCUUGCUGGCUAUGAUCCUUCUGGCCAUUACUGCCUGUGCUAUUUCUGGAUGUAUCUUGCAACUGUUCCUGAUGACAUAUAGAUAUAAUUUUAUUUAAAAAAAAUUUAAUGUUUUUUUUUUUUUUAUUGAACUUUUUAAAGCAAACAGACCAAAUUGAAAAACAGCAGUAUCACAUACAGAUGUAUGAGGGCAAAUGUUAAAAAAUAGACAUGACUGGAAUUAAAUCUGUACAACAAUUCUACAACGUAGAAAUGACUACACCUCUGUUUUCCAUCUCCAUAUUCCAGAGGAUACUCUUCAACCACAUAAAUAUGCAAUAAAUAUUUGGGGGAAAUUGUGUGUGUAUAUAUAUAUAUAUAUAUAUAUAUAUAUAUAUAUAUAUAUAUAUAUAUAUAUAUAUAUAUAUAUAUAUAUAUAUAUAUAUAUAUAAUGUGUGUGUGUGUGUGUAUAUCCUCUUAUGUACCUUUUGAUGUAACAAUAAAAUAGGCAAUAAAACCAACAAAGAGGGAAAAAAUAGGCAUCAACAGUAAAAAAAGGACACUUCCUAAAGCUUUUGUUAGUUUAAUAGUGAUAAACCAAGUGACCAUUCUUAGUACAUAAGGAUUAUUAUUAAAUACUUGGUAACUAAACAAAGUAAAAAAAAAAUGUUAAAGGGGAAAAUUACAUAAUAAUCUCAUAACUCUGACAUCUCUUUUAAGAUCUCAAAGCAUAAGGCAUGUAAGUGUAAAGGUAAUAAAGAUCUUAUAUAGAUUGGUUGCUACUCCAUAACCCCAGACUUUAAUAAAAUGAUUCAUAAAAAACAAAUUUAGAAUUAAUUAAACAAAAAGAACUUGGGGGUAUUAGAAGGUGAACACAUGGAUACACCUCUGCCUGCUCCUGUAGACUAUUACUUGCUCCUCCCCUGCUAACCACCAGGUUAAUGCUUGUUCCUGCAUCUGAUUGGUGUAACUGCUGUUGUGCCUUCUGGCCGUUGUCUACAGCUGUACUUAGUCCCUUAUAUCUGCCACUUGUUGUUCAAUACCUCCCUUUGCUAUCAGCCAGUCAUGAACUGAUUCUGACUCACUACUGAGCUGUAUUCUCUGUUACCUGUCUUCAAGUCCUGUUAGUCUUUGUUUGCCAUUUCUUGCUCCUUUUUCCUGUUGCUCUUACAAGAUUUUCUGGGCCACACUGACUUUGACCUCAGAUACCUUUUACCACUGCCUUAAUCCUGCCAUGUCUCCUGAUUUACUUGAUUUCUUCCUCAGAGCUACACUAUAUAUUUCUGUAUUUUACAGGAAGUAUCUGUAAUAUAUUUAUAUACAAUGUAUUUCAUAUUAAAGCACUGAAAGCUA